AUGGGCGAAGAGAGCAAGGCCCUCAACGGGGUGUUGAAUGGCUCUGGGGACGAAUUCGAGUUCCCAGAACCAACACCGGCGGGGGACUACCGAAUUCUGCAGCAGUACCAUUCGAAGCCCCGGAAGCUCAGGAUAGUUGCUGCAGGUGCGGGAGCGUCUGGGCUCUGUCUUGCGUACAAGCUGCAGAAGAUGCUUGUGCCGGGAUCCUACGAGCUGAGUAUCUACGAGAAGAACCCCAAUAUCGGAGGGACUUGGUUUGAGAACACCUACCCGAGAGUUGCCUGCGAUAUCCCAGCACACAUAUACACCUUCACGUUCGACCCCAAUCCAGAAUGGUCUCAGUACUACGCGUCGGGAGGCGAAAUCCAGAAGUAUUUCGAAGGGUUUGCUGACCGGUACGGGUGCCGCGAAUACGUGCACCUGAGAACGAAAGUGGACACGAAACAGCGGACCCUGGAUUGGGCGCACUGCUUCGUCAACGGGACCGGUAUCUUGAACAACUGGAAGUGGCCCGACGUCCAAGGUCUCGACACGUUCAAAGGUACCCUGAUGCACUCGGCCACCUGGAAUCAUGAUUCCAUCCUCAAGGACAAGGUAGUGGGCAUCAUCGGAACCGGCUCUAGCAGCGUCCAGAUCGUGCCGGAGCUGCAGAAGAUUUGCAAGCAAGUCCAGGUGUAUAUGCGCAGUCCGACCUGGAUCUCGGGACCCUUUGGCGCCGGGCCUAUGGCCUCGGACCUUUCAAACGAAGCCACGGUACAGUACAACUUCACUGAAGAAGACAGGAAGAGGUUCCGCGAAGACACAGCAUAUCACUUGGACUUCCGGAAGAGGACCGAGUCGGAAUUCAACACGUUGUUUGGGGCUUACCAACAGGGGUCCGAGCUGAACAACUUCUUCCGCAAGGUCCUGACAGAAUUGAUGGGCGCAAAGAUCGAGACACAGCACGAGGAACUCAAAAAGUUCAUCAUUCCCAAAUUCUCUCCCGGCUGCCGUCGGUUGACGCCGGGGACUGGGUUCCUCGAGGCCCUCGUCGCACCCAACGUCGAAGCAAUCAUCGGGGACAUUGACCAGGUGACGCCCGAGGGGAUCCGAAUGAAACAGCCAGACGGCAAAGAGCGCAAAAUGGAUGUCCUGAUCUGCGCCACCGGCUUCUCUCCCGUGUUCAAGCCCGCAUUCCCGGUGAUCAACGGGGAGGGCAAGUCGAUCGACGAGGACUGGGCGGACGGACCCAAUCUGUACAUGGGGGUGUCUGCACCCCGGUUCCCCAACUACUAUACCAUCGUGGGCCCCGGAGCAACAUGGUCCAACAGGACCCUCUUGCCCAGCAUCGAAAACACCAUCGAACACGCGGUCAAACUCAUCAAGAAGAUCCAGCACGAGGGUCUCCGGUCCAUCGAGGUCAAACAGGAAGCCGUGGAUGAGAUCUACGCGCACUUGGACGAGUACCACAAGACCACCGUGUGGCAAGAAGAGUGUCGCAGCUGGUUCAAGAAUGGCAAAAUCAAAAGCCGCAUAUACCUGUGGCCUGGAUCGACCAUCCAUUUCCUCAAGACGAUCAAAGAUCCGCGCAUGGAAGACUACAACAUCACCUAUCGUUAUAAGAACCGCUUCGCGUUCCUGGGGGAUGGCAGUGUCAAGGCCACUGCGAGCAAGGAUGUGCAAGGCCUCAGCCCAUAUAUACGCUCAUCGGAUCACGACUGGUCCGUUGAAUAA